AUGUCGGCUAUAGCAUUUACAUCACAAGAAGAUGAACUUUUUAUUGAAUCCGUGCGUAAAUAUCCAGAGCUUUAUGACUGUUCACACAUGCAAUAUUUCAAUUUAAUAGUUAAAGAUGCAAAAUGGAAAGAAAUUUCCCAAAAAAUUGGAAAGUCUGUCGAAGAUUGCAAAAAGCGUUGGAAAAAUAUCAUAGAUUCUUACAAUCGUAAUAAAAGAAAAUUGGGUACGGGUUCUGAAAGAUCGCUAAAAAAAAAGUGGCCUUUGGCAGCACACGUAUCUUUUCUAGAUAAAGUUCAACACGAACGAAAUUCUUCAUCAAAUAUAAGUGUAACUGAAAGCGCAACAGUACUACAUGAAGAAGGAGAACUUGACAGAGGAAUAGGGGAUGAGUUUGACGGAGGAAUAACAGAAGAAAACGAAAAAACCAAAGAUAGUCCACAACGUAUAAGAUCGAAGCAGGACAAGUUGGCAGUCCUCCUUGCAACAAGAAAUGAAGAACAAAAAAAGUUAAUAGCAGCUAUCCAGUCUCAAAAUGAGACAAUUUUAAGUAGAAAAAUGAAUGAGGAUGAUGAUAUAGAUUUAUUUUUCAAAAGUUUGGCCAUGACUGUGAAGAAGUUACCUACUAAAGGUAUCAACGAAGUAAAAAUGAAAACAUUAGCAUUGGUGGCUGAAGCUGAAGAAAAAUAUGCUGCACAACCAACAAGAAAUUUUACAGCUCAAGGAUAUUUUAAUCAACCAAAUGAAAACUCCAUACAAAUGUCACCUUCAAAUGCAUCAACUUCAACAUACGGUACAUCUGAAAGCUCACAAGAUUGA